CGAGUACGAAGAAACCGCUCGAAUUCUGAGCAGAUUGGCAGGGGGAACCUGUCACAACGCGCGAGACGUGCCAGUGCUACUAAGAAUACCCGUCCAUGGCUUGGUGGGCUAUGCGAACUGCGGCACCACCAGCAAGCCUCUUCACCCUACGCUGUUUUGGUCUUGGAGAACGGGAGAAGUCAAGCAAGUUUGUCAUGGAGAGAAGCGCAUAGUAGCAUGUCAUAAGAGAGGUAUCGCAUGACCUUGUAUGUGGCGCUACUCAAAGUCGCCCAGAGAGAACCACCACGAACACCGUCGAUCUGCUUGCUAUGCACUGCAUUGUCCGCGGCCUCUCACCAAGCGAUAGCACCAACUUGUUCGUCCGACUGGAUCCUGUCCGUGCUCUGGUUUUACAUUGCUCCUCCUCGAUGCCCCGCCAAGCUUGACUCGGAUUCAGUCUACGUAUGCUCCGGCUCUCUUCCGUCUUGCUGUAUUGCAUAUAUUGCAGUGUUCAGUCCUCGCUAUACGCAAGCCUCUCAUCCUUUUUGUAGUCCCUGGAUCAUCCCUCGGCCUGCCAUCAGGCUGAAAGGCUUCAACGCACACAGCAAAGAUGCCUCUUGAUUCAAAUUUACCGACCUACUAUUUCAAGCCGUCAAAUGAUAAGCACCGACCGUACGACUCCACCCUACUCUUCACCCAGUUCGACAGCGAGCCCGAACCACGCUACAUCCUCCGUCAACUCGACCCGACCUCACCACAGUCGAAGGGCUGCUAUGCGGCCGCGCUGUUCGACGCGUACACGCCCGACGUUGUCUUCGGGGAGAUACUCGUGAAGCCCGAGUGGACUCAGCCCACACUAUCGCAGGAUGAGAUCCGCAAGAAUGGCGGCGUGCCUCCCCCGCCGGUGCCCAUUAUCCCCAAGGAGGUGACGGUGCAGUUGUACGCCCCCGACCAGCAGAUCAUCGUGGAUGAGCAGCCGGGUUCAUGGAACAACGCGUCCACCUACCACUUCAGCAUGCCACAGCAGACAUUUCGCCUGCCCAGCGCGUCAAGCCUAGACUAUAGCACGAACGACCCGGCCGCCGAGGCGACCACGCCGCAGAUUAACUUUGUGUGGAAAAGGGACGGAAGGAAAGAGCUCAAGUGCUUCGUUACGGGAAAAUCCACGGACAAGGGCAAGAAGAAGAAAGGAGGCAAAGAACCGCCGAUUAUCGUAGCUAUAUUUGAAGACUUUAAGGAUCUGACCAUUUACGAGCCAAAUCUGCACAGAGUUGAAAUUGAAGACUACAAAGGAUUGGAGAUUACACUUCUGUUGAGUGCUACGGUGAUUAGGGACAUGUGGUGUGGUCAGAAAAAAGAUUGCUUCAACACCGGAGCCGUGCCGCGGAAGAACAGUGCUGGGGGAGGCUUACUGAACAGAAAAUCUUCAAUGCCUCUGUUGGGAUUGAACGCGAGCACGGCGAACAUAGCGUCGUCUUCCAACAGCCAUUUGCUGGCAAAUGGCCUGUCCAGCAAAGGUAAGACUUCGCCACAGUCUAUACCGCCACCUUCACAUCCGCCAGGCGUUCCUGCGCCUGAUCCACGACAGCAAUGGGAAAUCGACGCCGAAACUGCGCGACUCAAAAGAUUGUACGAUGAGGAACGUAAGGCCGAAGAAGCACGCAGGAGAGAACGGGAACGGCGCGACGAGGAGGAGGCGCGUAGAAUCAAGAAAAUGCUAGAGCAGGAAGAGAAGGAACGACGAAAGAACCAGGCGGCCAUCGACAAAGAGAGCCUGCGUCUCAUGAAGCUCUAUGGCAAGCAGACAGGGCUUGCGCCGCCACGGCCGCCGCCCCAGCCCCAGCGACAAAGUUAUCCGCCAUGGGGCAACAGCUCACCAGUGUCGCCCCCGUAUCCGCCUCGACCACCUCAUCAACCACCACCCCAAAGCAAUAACCCUUAUCUCCAGUCCAACGGGCUUGGUCGCCCGCCUGCUCCGGCGGCAAGUCACUCUUCUUUCUUUCAUACUACUGCGCCUAGGCCUCAGCAGCAGCCUCAUAUGCCUCCAAGGCCGCAGCAGCAUCCGCACCCGGCAUCGAUGAGUUCGACAAACCUGAUGAGCGGAGCGGUACCAUCGCGACCUCCCAGACCCGUAAGUGUGGCGCCUCCUGAGCUGAAGCCUAAGAAGAGCAGCCUGUGGAGCUUCUUAUCUGGCGACCCUGCGCCGAGAUUAAGGACGCAAAAGUCGACCGGCUUCUGAAUGUCGUUGAAAGCCCAUUAAAAGUGGCUGGUUUUUCUUUCUUUUUU